AUGCACGUCAUUAAGCCAGCCUGGCUGAGCCAUAGCGGCGAGCAGAAGGACUACGAAGUCUACAGCUGCCACGUCUCCCCCGACGGAAAGCGGCUCGCGACAGCUGGAGGCGAUGGUCACGUUCGGAUCUGGUCGACUGAAGCCAUCUAUGGCACAAACAGCGAUGACAAUGUGGGCAAGCCGAGGCAGCUCUGCCACAUGAGCCACCAUCUCGGCACCAUUCACUCCGUUCGAUGGUCUCCAAACGGGCGAUAUCUUGCUUCGGGCGCUGAUGACAAGCUGAUUUGCGUCUAUCACCUCGACAAGAACCCGCCCGUUGCUUCCUUUGGCACCGGCGAUGUCCCCCCUGUCGAAAAUUGGAAGACCUACAAGCGUCUCGUAGGCCACGACAAUGACGUGCAGGAUAUUGCCUGGUCGUACGACUCUUCGAUCCUCGUCUCCGUUGGCCUGGACUCCAAAGUCGUGGUCUGGUCCGGACAUACGUUCGAGAAAUUAAAGACACUUGCCGUCCACACAAGCCACGUCAAAGGCAUCACCUUCGACCCCGCGAACAAGUUCUUCGCAACCGCCAGCGACGACAGGUCCAUUAAAAUCUUCCGAUUCACUCCUCCCGCACCUAACGCGACGCAACACGACAUGGUGAACAACUUUGUGGUGGAAACAACUAUCAACGCACCGUUCAAGAGUUCGCCUCUGACGACAUACUUUCGGCGUUGCUCGUGGUCGCCCGACGGCAACCACAUUGCAGCUGCGAACGCAGUCAACGGGCCGGUCAGCUCUGUCGCCAUUAUCGAGCGUACGCGGUGGGACAGUGAGAUCAACCUCAUUGGCCACGAGGGUCCAACGGAAGUUUGCAUGUUUUCCCCGAGGCUGUUCCAUACAGUGAACCCAGCCGAGAUCACAGACGACAACGUUGGCUCGCUGGUGACCGUCAUAGCAUCAGCUGGCCAGGACAAGACCCUCAGUAUCUGGAACACCAACACAUCACGACCGGUGGUUAUUCUGCAGGACCUCGCUGGCAAGUCUAUUUCCGACCUGUCCUGGACCCCUGAUGGCCAGACCCUCUUCGCCGCAAGUCUGGACGGCGCUAUUAUCGCAGUUAGAUUCGAUACGGGCGAACUCGGCUGGGUCGCAAAUGCGGAGGAGAACGACAAGGCGCUGCAGAAAUACGGUGUCUCCCGCAAGGGCAUGGGCAUCGCGGAGGACGUUGAAGGGCUGCAGCUGGAGAACCAGAGCAAGGCAGGAGAGUCCAAGGCGGCAGAGUCCCGCAUGGGCGCCUUGAUGGGUGACCUUCCAGACGCGGCAGCACCGUCUGCAAAUGGCACAAAGACAAACGGUACCAACGCUUCGACGCCGAAACCGACCAAUGGGCAUACUGAACCCGAGAAGGAGAAGGAAAAAGAAAAAGAAAACGAGCCUGAGGAGAAGGAGAAGGAGAAAGAGAAGCACGAAGAAAGUGCCGACAAGACAGCUGAACGGGUGAAGGAGCUGAAGUCUCGAGUCACCGUGGGCAAGGACGGCAAGAAACGGGUUGCGCCACUAUUGGUCUCGUCAUCAGGCACUGGGCAGAUGUCGAUGCCUCAGACACAGCUCGUCGGGUCAACAUCCACGGCAAAGGCGUCGCAGAACGACGCGCCCUUGUCAAUACUCGACCUCGGCAAACCCGUCGAUGGCUUGCCGCGAGGUGGCAUCGCCGCCAUGCUGCUCGGCAACAAGAGGAAAGCUAUCGAGAUGGAGCCGCAAGAAGGAGACGACCCUUUUGCCAAGCGUCAAGCAACUGGACCGACACCCAUUGUGGUGAACGGUGUCGAUGGCGUUGAACCUGCGGCUAUGGUCCAAGCACCUCACGGUAUCGCACCAACUCCCGACUUCCUCCGACCAGCUGUUUUGAACCCGUCCAUCACCUUUGCUCAAAUACGGCUUGCUGUUCCGAAAGUUCGGUCACAUAUCGUGCGGCCAAUGGAGCGAGGUGUACUCCUGAGCGAGACAACUAUCGAAGACGCUGCUAAGGUUCCGGAGAACAUUGUUCUCGAAGCCCGCAACCCUGUGCAGAUCAAGGAUCCAUCGCAAAUCACAGUCACGAAGCGUGGCACCCUUCUCUGGCAGGACUAUCUCUCUAGGGCUGUAAUCCUAGUCACUGGCAACAAGCACUUCUGGGCGGCUGCUUGCGAAGAUGGUCCUAUCUUGGAGCUUGCGACAACCACCCUCAACCUUAACGCCGCUACGCCUGGCCCUGGCGUCACGUCAGCCGCUCUCAACUCGACAGGACACAUCGUUGUCACACUGACAAACGGAGAUGGAUACUACUACGCCCGCGAGAUGUACACAUGGCAACGCAUCAGCGAGGCCUGGUGGGCCGUCGGCUCCCAGUACUGGAACUCCAACGACUCUUCCAUCAGCGCCCUGCAGUCGACCGCAGUUGGGCCCGUCACAGCACCCAAAGACAAAGACUCCAGCGCGGCAACGGUUUCCGCUGGCAUCAUUCCGCACCUGGAGCGUCACACCACCAACGAGUUCCUGCUCAAGGGCAGAGCAUACACCCUACAGCGUAUCGUCAAGACGCUCUUGACACGGGACGGUUUCGAGGACUUUGAAAGUACCGUGAGCAUCGCGCAUCUCGAGAACCGAAUCGCCGCCUCACUGCAGAUGGGCGCCAGGGACGAAUUCCGUCUUUACCUCUUCAUGUACGCCAAGCGUAUCGGUGCCGAAGGCCUUCGGCUCAAGGUCGAGGAGCUUCUCAACAGCCUGCUCGGUGGCAUUCUCAAGGACAAAAAGGUCCAAGAGACCAAGGCCAAGGGGUGGUUCAGCCAGGAUGACGAAAUUUGCGGGUGGGACCGAAAAGAGCUGCUGAAGGGCGUCGUGAUGAUUCUGGGUAAAUUCCGAGAGCUUCAGCGCCUGACGGUGCAAUACGCUCGUGUACUGGACCUAACGCAGACCGAAGAUGACGUCGAUGAUGAGGACGGCGCCAUGGAUGUCGAAGCGUAGGCAAGUACGGCCAUUUGGUGUUGAUGUAUCGAUUACAGCGAAUGUGUCCUGUCAUCGUUGUAUUAUAUGAUGUGGGUGGUUGGGCAUGGGUCUUCGGCAGCCGGAGUUGGCGUACUGGUUGGGGCAGCUCUCAGGUGACUGUCUGGUGGUCUUUGUUCUUGCGUGGGGGGUUGAAGCCAUCGCUGCGUGUUGCAUGCCAUAACUGCUUAGCCAACGUAAUUUUGCCAUGCCAAGUGAAGGGCUUACAUGU